AUGAAGGACGGAUUAUAAUUCUUUGACGCAAACUUAAACGAAGUUAUUAAAAUGAUUGCUAUUUCAUAGCAAUAAGGUAUAAGCUAAGAGUAAUUAAUUUCUGCUCUUUAAUAAUAAAUUAUGCAAUAGUAAGCAUAUCUUUAACAACAAUUGAAUUUUAUGCCUUAGGCCUCUGAGUCCUCUACCUCUACCCUUGAGGAAUAAUAAAAUCUCCCAAGAUAAUAUUUAUAAAGAAAAUUUAUCAUUGGAGGCUUUGGUACUAACGGCUAUGACUCAAGUUCUCAUGCUAUGGAAUAUUUAUAUGACUACCUUAACAAUAAUGAAUAAUUUGAAUUCUUCGAAUAGGUUAAAUAAUCAUGGGAAGAUAUUGAUAACUACAUUAAUGAUUUGUAAGAAGAAAUCCAUUAAAAUGAAAAAUAAGGUAUUGAAACUAUAUACAUUCACUUUGCCGUAAAUAAUACUCCCUUCAUACGCUUAGAGCAAUGUGCUUACAACAACAAAGCAUUUGUUUUACCUGAGAUGAGCUGUCUCCCCAACGAAUAAGUCUCCCAUAAUAUUGAUUAAAAUAGACCUCAUAACUCAACUUUAAAAACUAAAUUAUCUAUUGAUUAUAUAAAAACUUUCUUACACUCAGAUAAUUAUUGGGCAAGUGAAAGUACUAACCCUGGAUUAAACUCUAACAAUUAUCUUUACUACCGUGCUCUUCAAGUCACAAACUAAAAAGCCAUUAUGGUCAACUUACCAAGCCUAUUAAAUGAAAAUAAAGAGAGUAUUUCUCUCUUCUUACAAGAUCUUAUCAAAUCAUUCAAUUGA